ACUGUUUUAUUGGAAGUGCAGUGCCCUUCUUAGUGUAAGCUUAGGAACACAUGUUUUGAUGAAAGACUGAAAAUAUUAAAUAAAAGAACAUGAGUUUUCUGAAGGGAAGUGCUGUGCUUGCAAGGCUGGCUCUAGCAAGACGAGUCUAGCCUCUGGAAGAGGAGGAGAAAGAACUGAGAUCAGCAGGCACAGAGAGUUGCUGGUGCAAUAGACCUGUAAGCCUUGUUGUAUACACAGGGGUGAGACUCCUUACCGAGACGUCAGUGCUCGAGAAAGUCUGGGAACCAAGAUGUCUUUGACAAAUGUUGUCAGUAUGGAAGAAAUACUGCUGGAAGAUGAUGAGCGAGACAGCAUGGAAUACAAGAUCCUACUGGCCUAUGCCCAACGGCGUCUGUCUGCCAGUAAAUAUUGGAAACUUCUGGAAAACGAGGCUAAGGUGCAGAAACCAUCAUCCUUAGUCAGGAGACAAGGAAAGACUGACCAUCUAGGAGAUACAGACAGAUCAAGCCUAAUAGCAGUUCAUGAGGGUGGUGUACUACAACGACAAAGUAAAACUCAAGAGAAAACAAAAUACUUGCCAGGACAUGGUCUACCUUUUCCCCGCAUCCAUGUAGAGGCCCAAGGAUUGUCACUGGAGGGAGGUCAGAAGGCACGUUUCUCCCAUUUUGAGAGUCAAUCCAAGACCCUUCCACAAGGGGAUUCCCAGCAUCAGACAAGUGAGACACCAGAUGUAAACCACAUUGCAGACAAACUUGCCAAGCUUGUUACUUCCAGACCCCAGGAACCUCCUUCAGAUGUGUCAUCCAAGAUAAGUGAUCUUACUGAUGGAAGCCAGAGCAAGGAACGUGAUGAAGAACAGAUAAUACAAACAAUAGUUUCACUGUUAAAACAAGCAGGGGACCAACUAGAAGAAAAGGUCAGAAAAGACAGUGGCUUAUGUCAGCAUUUUAAAGACAUGUCCUACACUUUCUUUGAGAGGAUCACUGAUUUGUUCCUGGAAGAUGUCUCAGCAAAUUCAACAAGUGAGCCAGAAGGCCAAGUACAGUGCAAAAAAGUUGCCUAUACAAUGGAAGUUGCCACAAGACUUACUCCUGUGGACAACCAUCCUAUGAACCGGGUCUUGGGCUUUGGUGCAAAGUACCUCAGAGAACACUUCAGGCCAUGGAUUCAGAACCAGGGUGGUUGGGAGAAGGCUCUGACUUCACUGGGUCAGGAAGAAGUAGAGUAA